GCGUUGCAAUAGUAAACUACAAACAUCGCCGCCACACAAAUGUCUAUUCUACCUUCUAUUGCUAUAACGGUAAUGGUAAAUACCGGUGUUAUAUAUUAAUGUAGUCUUCCAAACAGUUGUUUUAUAGAAUAGUAGAACUGUAUUAGACAGUUGAAAUCCACGCCAACGUUUGUUUUAAUUAUUUACCACAUGAUGCCGGUGAUGUAUUGAAGUGUAUUUUAUCUAUCUGAAUAGCAUACGAGUAGUUUGUUACAGCGCAGGCUAUUCUGAUGGGUGAAAUUCGCCUAUCUGAGUAGUAAACAGCGUGCUACUCCCGUCGGAAUAGCGUAGUGUAUUUAUCUUUCGUAAUUUCCGUUUGUCAGUGGCCCAUUUACUCUACUGACAGUGUAUACUGACCCGACAUGUCGACAGACUAUAACCAGUUUAAUAUUAAUGUAUAGUCAAAGGCGAAGAAUGACUUCAGUCUGUACUUGACAGACAUAGUUAGCUGGUGUCUAAAAGCCGGAAGUACGGAUGAGAGGGAGAACGUAAGCCCUGUGUUUUGUACGGAGGGCGGGAAACGUGUGUUACUGAAUAACAAGAAGGCUAUUGAGUCAGUUUUCCAAUAAAAUGAGCCGUGUUCUGAACGCCAUCGUGGCCGUUUGUCCGGAUUUCGGUAUAGGAAAAAAUGGAACGCUGCCCUGGCAUCCGAUUAAUCUCAGAAAUGAAAUGAAACAUUUCCAAACCAUGACACAGACUUCACCUGUUGAAGGUAAACAGAACGUGGUGAUCAUGGGUAGAAAGACGUGGUUUUCCAUCCCAGAGAACCAUAGACCUUUGCGAAACAGAAUCAACAUUGUCCUCAGCAGACAGUACAAAGCGCCACCUACAGGAGCUCAUUACCUGGCAGCAGACUUCAGCUCAGCUAUCAGGCUGGUUGAAACAAAGCUGUCAGACCAGGCUGACCAGAUCUGGGUCAUUGGAGGAAAUUCAGUCUAUAAGGAGAUGAUGGAGGAACCAGGAACUAAGAGACUCUUAGUCACUCGAAUAAUGAAGCAGUUUGACUGUGAUACAUACUUCCCACCAAUAACUCCUGACAAAUUCCGUCUCCUGCCUCAGUUUCCAGGAGUUUCUAUGGAGCUGCAGGAGGAACAGGGGGUCCAGUACAGAUAUGAAGUUUAUGAGAGCAUCGAAAACUGAGAGAGAGAAAAAACUGUCUCACUGUCAUUACAUAAAUGUACAGCCAGAAAAAUGUAUAUCCGGGACUGUGUGAUUUCCACAGUUUGAUGUUGAAUAAAAUUGUUCAUAAACAAA